CCACCGAAGUUUUUGUCGUCGUCAGGUCCUCGUGCUACUCUGAUCUAGUGAUACUGCACAUCAUAGUCGGCGACCAAAAAUGUUGGGAUACGGACGCGUUGCCGGCCAAUUAUUUAGAAUCACCAGGCACGCACACCAUAAAAAUUUAUCCGAACCUUUCGGUUUCAUAAACAUCAAUUGUCUAAGGUAUAGUUCUAAAACUAAAAGGACAAAACCAACUGGCACAACAGCAAAAGUAGAUGAAUGUGUUCCAAAAAAAACAUUUAAAAAGGUUCCUCCUUUGCCACCACCUCCACCGCCACUUCCACCACAUGCCUCUGCUCCACCAGUGCAAACUCCACCAGGUUUAGAAAUUCCAAAAAGAGUCAUUCCACCAUGUGAAGAUUCAAGUUACUCUUGUCCACCAAAGUGCCCUAUAAGAGAUGACUGUUACGAGCCUGGUGGACCAGAUGGCAAAGGUCCAGAAUUCAAGUAUUGGAAGCAUGUUAUUGCUGCAGUCAUUCUUGCUGGUGUAUCAGCUGUUGUGUAUUUAGGAUGGUUUAUGGAAGACAAAGAUAAGAAAAAGAAAACAAUUGGCACAGAAUUGAAGAGAACCAAGGUUGUUCCAAAUCCAAAUGACUCUUCUUCAAUACCAUCAGAAGUACCUUAUUUAUUAAUAGGUGGUGGUACAGCUUCGUUUUCAGCAUUUCGAGCUAUUAAAUCUAGCGAUCCUAAGGCUAAGGUUUUGGUAAUAAGCAGUGAAGGUGACUUGCCAUACAUGAGACCUCCAUUAUCUAAGGAACUGUGGUACAAUAAGGAUGAUGUUUUGACACCUAAAUUAAUGUUCAAACAGUGGAAUGGUACCAAACGAAGUCUAUUCUAUGAGCCUCCAGAAUUUUACUUAAAAGUUGGUGAACUUGAAAGUUCAGAGAAAGGAGGUGUAGCGGUUGCUACGGGAUGGAAUGUUAAAAAAAUCGAUGUGCCUAACAAAACUGCCUAUUUGGAAGACGGUUAUCAAAUUAAAUAUGAUAAAUGCCUUAUUGCAACUGGUGCAUCGGCAAAGAACGUAUCUGUAUUUGAAAAAGCAGAUCUAAAAGUAAAAGAAAAAGUCAUAAUCUUUAGAACGAAAGAAGAUUAUCUUGAGUUAGUCCAAAAUAUCAAGAAUUCUGAUGUUAAAAAUAUUGUCGUUGUUGGUGGAGGUUUUUUGGGCUCAGAACUAGCUACGUCUCUAGCGAGAAAUCUUUCAUAUGAGGAUCAACAAGUCUAUCAAAUUUACAAAGAAAAGAACAUACUAGCUCAAGUUUUGCCUGAAUAUUUGAGUGAGUGGACAACAAAGCAUUCAAUAAUUCAAGGAGUUCAUUGUAAACCAAACGUCGAAGUUCACGACUGCACAAUGAAAAGUGGUAGAUUAUCACUUAUUCUAACCGACGGUUCAAUUUUAGAUGCAGAUCAAGUUGUAGUUGCAAUUGGCGUUCACGCGAACACAGAUCUAGCGAAAGAAUCGAAUUUAGAAGUAGAUCCUGAACAAGGCGGUUUUUUGGUAAACGCAGAAUUAGAAGCGAGAAGUAACUUAUGGGUAGCCGGUGAUGCUGCAUGUUUCUAUGAUGUGCAACUGGGCAGAAGGAGAAUUGAACAUCACGAUCACGCAGUAAUUUCCGGAAGAUUAGCUGGUGAAAAUAUGACCGGAGCAGGAAAACCGUACUUACACCAGUCAAUGUUCUGGUCGGAUCUUGGCCCAGAAGUUGGUUUCGAAGCUAUUGGAAUCAUCGAUUCAAGUUUGGAGACUGUAGGAGUGUUUGCUAAGGCGACGGAGGAAGACACGCCGAAAGCUGCUGCCGUUAAUACUUCUCAUGAUGGAGUUAGAUCAAGUGGUGAUGAAAAACCUGUUAGUGAAGAAAUUACGACAGUUCCUAAAGCAGAAUCAGGCAUGAUGGUAGAAGCUGUUAGUAAAACUGAUUCUAACAAGCAAAAUUCUGGGUCAGAAUCUCAGAAAACACUAGAUGAUUACGGCAAGGGCGUCGUUUUCUAUGUACGUAAUAAUAUGGUCGUCGGUAUUGUCCUAUGGAAUAUUUUUAAUCGUAUGUCCAUCGCUAGACAGUUACUAAAAAGAGGAACGACUUACGAGGAAAUCAAUGAAGCGGCAAAGUUAUUUGCUAUUCAUGAGGACUAAAGAUCCAUAGCUAUGAAAUAUAUUUAGAAAUCAUUGUUUUGUACAUACGCGUGUGU